AUGGAACAGUUUCGAAAAAUAGAAGAAAUCGGACGUGGAGCAUAUGGUAUUGUAUGGAAAGCGAUAAACAAGCAAACGAAUGAAGUAGUUGCGAUCAAGAAACUCUUCGAAACCUAUUACACAAUUGAAGAAUGCAUCAACUUAAGAGAAGUUAAAUCACUCAUCAAGAUGAAAAAUCAUCCAAAUAUCGUGUCGCUUAAACAAAUCAUCAGACAAAACGAUACGUUGUUCUUGGUAUUUGAAUACAUGGAACGUGAUCUUUAUAAAACUAUACAAGAUCGAAUAAUGAAACCUUUUAAAGAAACCGAGAUUAGAGACAUGUGUUUUCAAGUGUUUAAAGGUCUUGCAUAUAUGCAUUCUAAUGGAUACUUUCAUCGUGAUAUUAAACCGGGGAAUAUUCUUGUAUCUAAAGAUGUUAUUAAGAUUUGUGAUCUUGGUCAAGCUAAAGAAAUUAAUGGUGAACCACCAUACACCCCUGAAGUUUCAACUUUGUGGUAUCGAGCCCCUGAGGUUUUUCUAGAUGCACCGGUUUAUAAUUCUGCGGUUGAUAUGUGGGCAAUUGGUGCAAUCAUGGUUGAAUUGUUUACUCUCGAGCCGUUGUUUAAAGGUGAUUUGGAAAUAGAUGUGAUGUAUAAGAUUUGUAGCGUGUUAGGAACCCCGACGAAAAGUACUUGGGACAGAGGACUUGAUCUUGCUAGAAAAAUAAAUUAUGAGUUUCCGAAAGAUUUUCUUGGUGUGAAGUUUUCUAAAUUGUUACCAAAUGCAAGCUCGGACGUUGUUGAUCUUAUUGUUUUGCUUCUUUUGUGGGAUCCAAAUAUGAGGCCGACGGCCAUAGAGACGCUUCAACAUCCUUUCUUCGAUGGUUGUUACAAUGUCCCCAAAACCGUCUUCAUCAAGAAGUCGACGACAAGGAGUUUGGAAAGUGGCUCAAGUGGUUCGGAAACAAUAGCAUCAAGAGAAGACCCGAUCAAGUUCUUUACGAAAAGAGUAGUUGAUCCAAGGGAAGAUUCAAUCAUUUGCUCACAGAAAAUCCAUAAUUUGACUUCUAAGAUGUAA